CACGAGUUCAAACAGUUCGUGAUUCGCGGUUUUUGCCGCGUGGUUUAUAAUAUUUCCGGCAUCACGUCACGAUAAUCGUCAGGGAUUUGUCUUUUUAUAACUGAACUUGUUAUGUAUACCGGUUCCCUCUUUUUCUACUCAAUGUCUGAUUGUAUACUGAGUUUAUUUUAAGUGUAAAAAGUUUAACCUAACAUAAUUACGUAGAGCCGGGCUUAGGUUAUGGGUGAUAGCGGUCACGCGGAAAUGCCGUCCGCCGACUCGGCGCGAUUGGCAGCCGAUUCCGGCUUCAGCGAGCUGCUGAGAUCGGCAGAGCAACUAUCUGCAGCCGUUGAGGGAAAUGAAGAUUUACCACAGGUCGAGAGGAAUCUACGACAGAUAUUGGAGGCGUCCAACGAAUUGUGGUCUCGUGUUACUCAGACUAGCACCCAGGACAACGAAGCGCAAGCACAUGUUCUACUAGGCUCCCGAGGAGUAGAUCUAUCUCAAAUCUCACAGAAAUUAAACUCGCUUAGCGCGAGACGUACGUUUGAACCUUUGGAUCCUAUUGCAGACACUGAUAUUGUCAGUUAUCUUAGGAAUGAAAAAGAGAAUGCAAUCCUUUCUAUCAUUGAACAAGUUCACAAAGAUACAUUUGAACUUACUAGAGCUCAACAAAUAGAACAUAUGCUUGGCGAAUGGAAACAAAUGCGCUUUGAAAUAAUAAAUGCAAUGACUGCACCAUCCGGCGAGUUGGUAGAUUUACGUGGAGCCCCACAACGUACAAAACUAGCUGGCUCAAUGGUCAGCGGUCUUUCUAGUGUAGAAGUUGCUUAUGUGAAAGAAUUGCAGACUUACAAUGAUCAUGUGCUUAGAGGUGUAACACGGCCUAGUCUUUUUAAUGCGUUUUGCAAAGCUUCAGAGUCCUUCAACGAUAAGAAGAUCACGGAUCUAUGGCAAAUGGUGAAAUGUAUGGUCGAUAUUCCACCGACUCCUAGAGGAGAUCAAAUUAAAUCAAGAAGCAGUUCUGCAAUUGAACAGAGAAUUGUCUCACAAGCCAAAAAAUAUCUGGAAAAUCGAUAUAGAGAUUUCAUGAACUCCAUAAUCAAUGAGAAUCUGACACAAGCAAAGCGAGGUGGUCUUCCAGGCACUAUAUCCCUCGUUAAAAGUUUCGUUGGUGUCAAGGCACAAAAUCUCAGAGAUUUGGAGGACGCUGUGGUGGAAGAUAAGCCAUUGUGGCCUCUAGUGUAUUACUGCAUGCGAUCUGGAGAUUAUAAAGCCGCGCUGCAAUGCCUGAAUCAAUGUAGUACAGAAUUUCCGGAGUUUAAAGCAGCUCUCGAAGAAGCUUGCGACGAUCAACAACACCAUCCAAGCAGUCGCGCUGAGUCUAUCCUAAAAUUGCAUUAUAGGAAGCAAGUGCGAUCCGUCACUGAUCCAUAUAAGAGAGCAGCAUAUUGCGCAUUAGUCCCUUGCGAGCCGGAUGAUUUGCAUUCUGAAGUGAUAUCCACAGCUGACGAUUACUUGUGGCUAAAAUUGUGCCAAGUGAGAGAUCCGGCAGACGUUGAGAAUAAACUGACAUUGGAUUAUCUACAAAUUACAAUUUCAGAAAUAUAUGGAGAAACUUAUUAUCAUGCGCACGAACAGCCAUUUUUGUAUUUUUCGAUGCUGUUUUUGACUGGACAAUUCGAAGCAGCCAUUGAAUUCUUAGCUACAGGCGCUGGAGCAAGGCAUUUACCACAUGCUGUUCAUUUAGCAGCUGCCAUGCACGAACACAAUUUAUUGGCUGUGAGUCAAAGUGUUUUAGCGCCUUUGAUAAGUGUAGAUCCUGCUGAUAAGCCACCAGCAAAAAGAUUGAAUUUCGCUAGAUUGAUACUGUUAUAUGUUAAAAGAUUCGAAUUAUCAGAUCCGAAAGAAAGCCUUCAUUAUCUAUUUUUAUUGAGAUGUAUGAAGGACCCGUAUGAUCGUAACAUGUUUGCCGCAUCUGCCGCAGAAAUGGUAGUGGAUGCUUCCCCUGCAAAUCGUGUUCUGCUGGUCGGAAAGCUUGAUAAAGAUCGCAGACUCCCGGGUAUCUUAGAUCAAUUCCAGAUCAAUACGGACGACGUAAUAAAUAUAUGUGCUGAAACGUUAUACAGAAAAGGUCUGCUGGAAGAUGCAGUAAUGAUGUACGAUCUAGCUAGAAAUCACGAGAAGGUUCUCAGUUUGAUGUGUACGCUUUUGACACAAGUAGUUAGUCAAAGAGGACCGCCUGGCUCACUCAGAGCACGAUUACAAGCUACAGCUAUGAAUAUCAGUGCGAGAUACAAAGACAUCGCAAUUCAAGCGCCUUCAGAAGUAGUGUCUUCAUUUUACACUUUAAGGGAUCUUAUGGUUUUCUUCGAUCAAUUUUACAAUGAGCAAUAUCAGAGCGCACUCAGGACAAUUGCGGAUUCAAAGAUGCUGCCUCUUCAAGUAAGAGAAGUCGAUGAAAGAGUGAACGCCUUACGUCGAGUGUCACCCGAAGUAGCUGGUACAUUGGCUGACGUCCUCUUGGCCACUAUGACAAUACUGUAUCGUCAAUAUCAGAAAUUGCGAUCGGUAGAACCAGGCGAUAAAAUCGCAAGGGAGCAACAACUACGCGAUCUUCGAGAGCAAGCCCGAGCGUUAACGAGUUUUGCAGGAACCUUGCCGUAUCGCAUGCCAAAUGAAACAAACAGCAAACUUGUACAAAUGGAAAUUCUUAUGCAUUAGAAUUGAAUGCAAAAUUUGUUAACUUGAAUUAUUUAAAUAUAGCCCAUGUAUUUACACUUUAGAUAAUUUUAUUUAAAGAAUUGAUUUUUGGAUAUUUCGACGACAAUUUUAUUUCUUACUUAAAAUAGAAUGAGAUUACAUGAAUUCCAUCAUAGUAUUAUAACAGCAGCAAGUUCUCAAAUUUAACAUUUCAAAUUGGAUCCAAAUAUUAUAUGGGUAUUACAAGAAACUGUACAAUGCGAAAAAAGAUUCGAUAAUAUUCAAAUUAUUUUUGUAUUUCUUGUAAACAUACGCAAUAAAAUGAAUAUAGAUUUUU